AUGGCCCAAGAUAAUGACAGAUCCAACUUUUGGGCACAAAUUAGUCAUAAAGACUGGAACGAAACAGCAGACAAAAUUGUCCAGUCAAUUUGGCGACCUGUCUUGGGUGGUAUUGUGGUGGGCGUACCUACUCUUUACUUGGUGUCAAAACUCUUGAUCGGAACACGUUAUAAAACAGCGGCUCAUAUUCCUCCUGAAGCAUUCGACAGAGCACAAAAGAUAAGGGGUAAAGUGGUUGCUGUGGGCGACAGCGAUAACUUUCGAAUGUACCAUACACCUGGAUUUGGAUGGGGUUGGAUACGCAAUAUACCCAAGACUAAGAAAGAACUACAGAAUCAGACUAUCUCUGUUCGAAUCGCAGGAGUAGAUGCACCUGAAGGAUCUCAUUUUGGCAUGCCUGCUCAGCCUUAUUCUAAAGAAGCCAAGGCAUUUUUGACAGACUUAGUACUGAAUAGACGAGUACAACUUCAGCUACUAAGUCGAGAUCAGUAUGGUCGAGUGGUGGGCAUGGCUAGUGUAAGAAAGCCUCCCUUCUUUCUUAGAAAGAAUGUCUCUGCAGAAAUGCUUAAAGCUGGCCUAGCUAGUAUUUAUACUGCUAAAGGGGCACAAUAUGCCGGUAUGCUAGAUCAGCUAAAGAGCUAUGAAGCAAGAGCCAAGUAA